AGGAGGGUGGGGGUGGCAGGGUGGCCCAGGCCUACACGCGCACACGCACACUUACACCCGCCAGCCCUGCCGCCCGAGUCUGCCCCGGCACACUUGCGCUGGAACCCUGGUGGGCACUCCUGACAUCUGGAUAGGAGGGCCCUAUGGACAGUGUCCAUCCUCCUGAGGGACAGUGCAGGGCCUAGAUGAGCCUGGGUUGGACCCAGGCCCUGGGUGGCCUGGGCCUGGGGUGGACGGGCUACGCCAGGGAAGGGGCACUGGCUACCUGGGCUCCAGGGCUCUCAGGCCUCCUCCUGCUCUGAGGGGAGGGGGUCUUCCUGGGCUGGGGAGGGGUCAGGGCUCUGCAGACUGAUGGACCCAAGGUUCUGGGUCCUGGGGAAACCGUGCGAUGAGUGUGUGUGUCCACGCGUGUGUGACAGUGUCUGGGUGGAGGCUUCUGAGACCACCCCAGAGACGCCCCACGGUCCUCAAGUUCAGACAUCUCCUGUGAGGCCAGAAUCCAGAGGGUCUGGGGUUAGACCCUGCCCUGUAGGGCCUCAAGCUCCCCACCCCUGGGACAGCUGUUGCUGCCCCAUGCUCUGAGCCUGCCCAUCCCCAGCUGCUGAGCCUCUCUAUGGCCACCGCGAUGGCUCUCCUUCACUUCGAGGACCGCUUUGCUGUGGUCAGCCGUGCAUCCGUGGACAGUAACCCGUUGGAGGCCGUGCACCGCUGGGGUGAGUGAGUCUUCUCCAUGGGGAUCAGCCUGGCGGGCCUGCUGGGCCUGGGAGCUACCCUGAGUGCUGCAGCCACCAUGAGAGAGGCCCCAGGCCUCCUGGCCAUGGGCUUCCUGUGCUUCGCCCUGGUGUUCUGCAGCCUGGUGCAGGUGGCCUUCUGGAGGUUCCACAACCCCACCCAGGUGGAGGACGCCAUGCUGGACACCUACGACCUGGUGUAUGAUGAGGCCGUGAGGAGCCCGUCCAGCAUCCAGGGGCCCAAGCUGGCUGCCAUCCAGGACACGUUUCUGUGCUGUGGAAAGAGGUCCCCUUUCCAACUUCUGGGAAGCAGGGAAGCCGACCCGUGUCGGGGCGAGGAGGCAGCGAGAGAGGUAAGGAGUAGGCAGAGCCUCCUGGCCAAGCAGGACGCAGGCCUCGGGCAGAGCCCCACGGACAUCCUGGACCUGGUUUUCCCCACACCCUCGGAGCCUUCGUGGAAGGGCCUAGGGAAGGGUCCCCUGGGAGGGAGGCAGCAGGUGGCUACUGUGCAAGAAGCUCACAGCAGCCAGCUUGACCCUGGCCUCAGCCGAGGCCCCUUCUGUCAGCUGGACACCAGGCACGGGCUCCACUCACCCCUUCACACAGCUCCCAGCUGGGUGCUCCCUAAGGCUAGGUGGACCGACCCUCAGAAACUUCUAGAAGCUUACAGAAAAGGUCUCUGUGCCGGAACCCAGAGAGGGUAUCGGGUCUGGCUGGGGGAAGCAGCAGGAAGGGCAUUCCAGGAGGACAGCUGAGCUGAGGGCCGCCCUGGCCAGGCCGUGGCCCUUCCUGCUGGCCUAGACUGGGACUUGGCCUGGCCUCCCUUCUCCCCUGCUGCGACGCCCCACUGUCCUGGAAAUAGACUGGCCCUAUCUCCUGUGGAUGUGCCUGGCGACCCUCCAAGAAACGGAGGAGGGUGGGAAAUGGCUUGAGGCCCAGAAGGACCGUCCACUGCGCCCCCACCCCCAGGGCCAGUGUGCUGGGAGGGACUGAGCCAGGGAGCCCUUCCACCCAAGGGCAGUCCGCAGGACCCACUGCAAAACAUAGGCCGGGGCCUGGCUGUAAAUGCCCCCGGGGGGAAGCAGGGGCCAGCUGGUGUGGGCCAGGAGGACGGAGGGUGGGACGACACCCGGGUGGCUCCUGGGUCCUUUGUCCCUCUGGGAACUGGAAUCCCAGAAGCAAAGGCAAGUUGGGGCCCAGCGAAGAAUGAAGGGACUUUUGUUCUUGUCCAGGAGAAAGAGAAGCAGGAGGUGAAUCUCAGCUUCGGCCCUGGGGGCCGGGGGGCCGGGGUCCCGGUGAAGGCGUGAGCGGGUUACUGAGUGGGACGGGCCCGUGUCCUUUAACGUCGGGAAGCCAGAGGCCACUUUGGCAGCUGCCUUAGAGCCCACAGUUCUUGGCCAGCACAUCUGGGGCAGGCAGAGAUUCAGGGGUCACCCAGGCAGCAUGAGACCAGCGCGGGCAGAUGCCACCAUGCCAUGACACCGCCUCUCUUCUGGGGCGGACAGCUCAGGGGCAGCGAGGGAAGCCCCUCACCCCUCCCCGGGCUGCUCCUCUGUGCUCCCUGUGAGCUCUAGACACUGAGGUGCUGUGCUGCCUUUGGCCACCUGCAGGAGCUGGACACAUGGCCAGUACAGGAGCCCAGGGCAGCUUGGCCAGCCCCGUGCUCCGUGGUUUCACCUGCCCUUGCUCCUCAUCCAGAGCUCGGGGUGAUUCUCCCCAGGAAGGUGUUGCACCCCAAGUUCCCACAACCUGACUUUGGCU